CCGUAAUCAGCAUCUCGCACGAUGAGACAUCUUCUGCCGCCUCUGGUGAUUGUUUUUCUGUCUGCCGGUGUCAGUUAUGGAAAAAAUUAAGCCAGUUUUUCGAUUCCAGAUGUGGAAAUUGAAUUUCUAAAGCCGCGUGGCUUCCGAGCUAGCAUUCCCGGUGUACCGGGGAUAAAACUAUUUGCAUUUCAUGCUCGUAUCAAUAAGAAGUUUGAACAGUUCGAGGAAGGUGACUUCGCAGAUGAUAUAACAGAACCAUCCGAAGAUGGUCGAUGGGCGUUCCAAACCACAAAGGCCAACAUCGCAAAUGACCAAAUGCUCCACUACUGGGUGUACGUCCAGCACGAGGAUCGUUCGUAUUGGUUGACCAAUCAGAAGCAGCGGAAGAAUGCUGCUGCAAAAACCACCACAACAACGACAACAACGACCACUGCCAAGCCCAAAACCACCAAAAAAACUAACGAAAAGGGUAAAACAACCACUGCGGAGCCAUGCGUGCCGACGGUUACCACCGUGAAUGGAAAAGCCAGUUGUUCGGGACGAAUGAUUUUCGAGGAUACGUUCCAGACAUUGGAUUUGCAGAAGUGGCAACGAGAAAUUCGAAUUCCGCUUGAUACAGAGUCUGCUGAGUUCGUGUCCUAUCAGGAUUCGCCCGAAAAUAGCUUCGUCGUUGGAGGGCACCUUUUCAUCGUACCAACAUUGCUCAACAUGAAUCCGGACUUCAGCGAGGAACGUAUCCGUACCGGUGAACUGGUCCUUUCCGGCUGCAGUUCACCGACCAACAAUGAGUACGAGUGUCGCCGGAAGGCGGCCCUCUCCACCAUCCUACCGCCGGUCGUUUCCGCCAAGCUCAACACAAAACACAGCUUCCACUUUCGGUACGGCCGGGUAGAGAUUCGCGCCAAGCUGCCCAAGGGGGAUUGGAUUUUUCCACAGUUACUGCUCCAGCCGACCGACAACUACUACGGCUAUGCGGAUUUGGCCUCGGGUAUGCUGCUGGUGGCGCACGUUCUGUCCAACGAGCAACUGAUAGCACAGGACGGCACCCGCGUCGACGGGCAUCGGUUGCGGGGAGGUGCGGUUCUGACAGCCAAAGCCCAACUCCGGAAUGCUUUUCUGAAGACCAACAUGCUGGACGAACAUUUCAGCGAUAAUUUUCAUACUUAUGGACUGGUUUGGAAGCCGGAUAGUAUCGCACUGACCGUGGAUGGGUUCCAGUAUGCCACCCUGAGGGACCAAUUCAAAACGUACGGCGUGGCAAACAAUCUGACGCAGGCAAAUCUGUGGAAUGCGGACAAUGUCAUGUCACCGUUCGAUCAAGAGUUCUACCUCUCGCUCGGUGUGGGGGUCGGAGGCAUAGCGGACUUCCCUGAUUGCAGCUUGACGGGCUCGUUGAAGCAACCCAAGCCAUGGAACAACACCAGCCCAAAGGCGGAGUACUUUUUCUAUCAGAAUAGGAACGUGUGGUACCGGACGUGGACCGAACCGGAGCUGAAGGUGGAUUAUGUUCGAGUCUACGCGCUGUGAGAAUAUGAAAGCAUUUCUUGACGUGGAA